AUGGAUUUGAAUAUGAAAGACAAAGAUUUUAUUGGACCUGAAGGUAAAAUAUUUAGAUUUAGUGAAGCCCGACCAAAGAAUUGCAAUGAUGUGCAAUCUGGAUUUCUCAAUUACGCUGCAAAGAUGAACGAAUGCAAAAGUUCCGAAAGUCAAGUUGCGGAAGCUCAUAAGGAGAUUUUAAAUAGCUUGAAGGAUGCUGUGAAUGGUAUGAUAGAUAAUACAUAUGGCAAGCAAGCAGCUGCUGGCAUCAAGCAAAUCUUGGAAAAAAAGAAGGAUUAUUCC